CUAGCAAACCCUUGGAACGUGGGUUAUGUUCCCAUCAAAUUGGUAUCAGAGCCAUGAUCGCAAACGUGGGAGCUUGUGCCAAAGCUUAUACGGCGGCGACAAAGAGCACGACGUCGGCAUGUCUCGACAUGAUGAUGGAGAUUCGGGCCCUCAAACGACAGUUGACCGGCUGGCUGAACGAGCCGGAACCCGAGCUCGUCGACGACGAUGGUUCGGCCGGUGAGCAGGUGGAGUUGUCUCUCAACGCAGCGGCGGGAAUCGACGGCCCUCGAACCCUCCAAUUUCGCGCGCAGGUAGCGGAUGUGCAGGCAGUUCUACUGGUCGAUAGUAGAUCGACUCAUAAUUUUAUUUCUGAGCAAAAAGCUGAGGAGAAGCGGUUGUGCAUCGCAUCCAUAGAACCAUUCUUGGUAGGGAUAGCGAAUGGCGAGCCGAUGCGUUGUCGGGGCAGGUGUAACGAUGUGCAGGUCGUGAUUCAAGGCGAAGAGUUCGCCGUCUCCUUGUACAUCCUGCCGAUUCGAGGGAUGGAUAUGGUCUUUGGCGUUCAAUGGCUAGCCGAUCUCGGCCCGAUUACGUGCGAUUGGGGAGCUUUAACCAUGAAAUUUAAAUGGAGGGAUAAGGAGUUUUCGCUGCAGGGCAUCCAUCCACGCCGCAUGACGGCCUCGGCAGCCGAAAUCGUGCACGAGGACGGAGUUGUCUGGGCACUUUGCUGGGCACUUUAGGCCGCGGAGAUCGAACCCCUCCCACCUGAGUUACGCGAGCUGGUGCACGAGUUCGAGGCGGUGUUCGAAGUUCCCUCCACUUGCCGCCUAGUAGCGACGUUGACCAUCGCAUCAAAUUGAAAGAUGGGGAUGAUGCGGUCAAUAUCUGGCCUUAUCGUUAUGCAUACCAUCAGAAGGCCGAAAUUGAGAAGCAAGUGGAGGAAAUGUUGGCGGCAGGGUUAAUCCGACCUAGCCUAAGCCCGUUCUCGUCUUCGGUACUCUUGGUGAAGAAAAGGACAUGACAUGG